CGGGACGCAUUACUAGGGCGACGGGCCGGACGCCUCCCGGCUUAGCGAUGAAUUAGCUGCGGGUUCUCCCCGGAGGUUGCGACCCCUGCGGACUCCCCAGUUUGCCCACGCGCUCCCCCACGUCGUCGCGCGUUGUCCCCUGCCGGUCUCAGGUGGGAGGCUGGAACUGUCAGGUGGGAUUACGGCGCGGGGAAAAUGGCGGCGGCGGCCAGGGGAUCCCCGAGUCGGCGGCAGGGGAGUCGCUGCAAGAGCCCUUCCUCCUGAGCCGCGGGCCUCCCCGGGGCUGCGGCCCCCGGUAACAGUCACUUGACCGGGGAUUGGGGCCCGACGCAGGUGGCGGCGUCGGCGGCUCAGAAUCAUGGUGUCAUGGAAAGGGAUUUACUUUAUACUUACUCUAUUUUGGGGAAGCUUUUUUGGAAGCAUUUUCAUGCUGGGUCCCUUUUUACCUCUGAUGUUUCUAAACCUGUCUUGGUAUCGCUGGAUCAACAACCGCCUGGUGGCGACCUGGCUCACUCUACCUGUGGCAUUGCUGGAGACCAUGUUUGGUGUAAAAGUGAUUAUAACUGGUGAUGCAUUUGUUCCUGGAGAAAGGAGUGUCAUUAUCAUGAACCAUCGGACAAGGAUGGAUUGGAUGUUUCUUUGGAAUUGUCUGAUGAGAUAUAGCUACCUCAGAUUGGAGAAAAUCUGUCUCAAAGCCAGUCUCAAAAGUGUUCCUGGAUUUGGUUGGGCCAUGCAAGCUGCUGCCUAUAUCUUCAUUCAUAGGAAAUGGAAGGAGGACAAGAGCCAUUUUGAAGACAUGAUUGAUUAUUUUUGUGGUAUCUGUGAACCACUUCAACUCCUCAUUUUCCCAGAAGGGACUGAUCUCACAGAAAACAGCAAGGCUCGAAGUAAUGAUUUUGCUGAAAAGAAUGGACUUCAGAAAUACGAAUAUGUCUUACAUCCACGAACUACGGGCUUUACUUUUGUAAUAGACCGUCUAAGAGAAGUGUAUUUGAAGCAAGAUGUAAGAGUUUCAGGUAAGAACCUUGACGCUGUCCAUGACAUCACUGUGGCGUAUCCUCACAACAUCCCUCAAACAGAGAAGCACCUCCUCAGUGGGAACUUCCCCAAGGAGAUCCACUUCCACGUCCACCGAUACCCCAUCGACGCCCUCCCCACGUCCAAGGAGGAGCUCCAGCUCUGGUGCCACAGGCGCUGGGAAGAGAAGGAGGAGAGGCUGCGUUCCUUCUAUCAAGGGGAGAAGAAUUUUUGCUUUACUGGACGGAGUAUAAUUCCACCUUGCAAGUCUGAGCUCAGGGUCCUUGUGGUGAAAAUGCUCUCUAUACUGUAUUGGACCCUGUUCAGCCCUGCCAUGUGCCUGCUCAUAUAUUUGUACAGUCUUGUCCGGUGGUAUUUUCUAAUCACUAUUGUCAUCUUUGUGCUGCAAGAGAGACUGUUUGGUGGACUGGAGAUCAUUGAACUUGCAUGUUACCGAUUUUUACGUAAACAGCCACAUUUAAAUUCAAAGAAAAAGGAGUAAGAGUUUAAGGUUCAUAAUAUAAAAUUAAAAGCCUAUGGGGUAUUUUGGAAAUGUUCUAAGCCUUUGUAAACUGAGAUCCAUUUUUGCACGACUAUGUCAAAUAUUUCUUACUAUCAUCAUUAUUUGUUAUAGAUAUUUUACACUUAAUUUUGUGGGGAAAAUAUUGUUAUACACACAAUUUUUUUUUAAACCUCUGAAUGUAAUUUUGAUACUGCUUAUUAGCAGGGAGCUAUCAGGCCAGAGAAUUAAACAAUCAUCAAGCUGUUAAUAGACAAGAUACACACAAGUUUUUCUUAAAGGCCCGAUCCUAUUACCUGAUCCCCAGACAAGAAUGCAGGUCUGGAACUCGUGAGCACUGGCCCGGAGCAGGUGCUGGUACUUGACUGCCCAGGUCACCUCUUUGAGGGGCACACACCCCUCCCGGCACCCGCAGCCAGGGGUGCCCGGGGCCCUUCUCCCUCACCACUGCCCUCACACUCCUUGCUACGCCAGUCAAACCCAUCGCUUCCUUCCUUAAGGCCAGAACACUGAAACUCCUUGUCCUUAAACUGGUCAAGCAUUUUGAUAGGAAGCCCGUCCUUAUCCUUGAAAUCUUGGCGUUUAGCCUUGUGCUGAGCUAGAUGUCAGAAGACCACCUGUGUCCUUUUUCACACUAGAAAUGAGACCUGGAUGUGGCCCAAGGAGCACAUGGGAACAGGCUCUCCACUUUGAAACCUUAGUUUGAAUUUUAAGAAAUAGGAAUUCAUAAAGUUUCAUUCUACACUCAUACUUAAUCUUGCAUGCCUUGUGCUGGUUUCCUUGCCAUUUGUUGUCAGGAUAGCUUUUUCUGCAUUAAAAAUGGUAUACAUGAAGUCAUACUCUUUUAAAGGAAAGCUUAGAAGAACAUGCUGUUAUUGCAGUCAGAAACUGUCUUUUGAAGGUGCAUAUCUUUUGAAAUAUUUCUUUAAAGCCUAUCAAAAAGGGAAGGUUAUUAUGUUUUCUGUAUGUGCGUGGGUAUGUAACUUUUGCCGUUAAAACAAUGACAAAAUUGCUUGCAGACAGGGCAGUAAUGAUUUAUCCUAAAUUACCAACUCUUGUAGCCUUGACAGUUUUACUCAUAAUACUGAACUGAUAACACAGAAAUGAAUCCUUUUUAAUGAUAGCAAGGGGUCUUUUUCUUUUAAUGACAGGUUUCCUCUUUCAAUAGGAAUAUUGACACUUUUGACUGUUCAGCUAGUAGCAGUCCUAUCAUCAGGAGUCAAUAGAAAACCCAGCAAACCAGAAAUGUAUCAUCAUGUUUCCUUUCUGUUGGAGCUGAGCACUAGUUGUUUCUUUGUCAUGUAAUAGGUAUGCUGGUCAGAGUAGCAGAAACUGUGAGGCAAUUAAACGUCUUUAGCUGUUAGCAAAGCUGUCAGCUUUACUCCUGCGAUGAACCAGCCUCAAUAGCUACUUACUGAUUUUUGCAUUCUUUUGGAACGAAUGCCUCCUCUUUAAUUAUACCUUAUUUUGCUUGACAGUGACUUGUACCCAACAAUUGAAUCGUGUCUUGCCAUGAAAGGUAAACACAUCAUGAACUGAACUUACUGAGCAGAUUCUUCCAGAAAGUACUGGUUGGGGCAGAACAUUGUAGACACAUCAUUUUUAUUGGGGGAUUAUUAAGUAGUGCCCUUUCAUAACACACAAUCUUUAUUUAACUACUCCCUACAAGCUGUUUUUAAUCCUUUGGGGAUCUACUAAUUAGUUAUUAAGCACAUCUGCUCAAACCCAUCUGUCUAACUUUGUGGUUUUUAAGGGUUUUCUUUUUUAUAACCUUUUUUCCCCCCGUAAUAAAAUAGGUUUCUAAUUUAGGUUUCUUUCAAACUUCCUUGGGCUAUAUUUGGAAACACAGAAAUAGUUUAGCAAUCAGGAUUGCACUUGUGCUGAGGCGGAGAGAAAAGCUGUGCUUUCUACUUGAAGGUGUUUAUAGUGUAGCUGGUCCAAACAGCACUGACAGCCAUUCAGAUUUAACUCUGAAACCUUUAAAAGGGAAACUCUUUUUUUCUUUCUUUUUAUUUUUUUGCUUUUGAUCCUAGAAAACAGGCUUAAGAUAAAAUGCAAGCUUUAUCUUUUCUGAAAUUCAUCAUUGUUAAGCCCUAAGAAUGGGGGAAUAGAUAUUGUACUUGCUUUAGGAAUUAGAAAUGAUAAAUUCAAAAAAAAAAGAGUCCUGUUUUGUUUUUGAUUUUAUUUUGCAAUAAGGCUUUUUAAAUUAGAUUUGUUUCUCUACUCAUUUAUUUGUGUUCAAGCCUUUUUUUUCUUUUCUUUAAAAUUUUUUUAAAGAAAUACACAGUUAAUAACUUGGAACUCAGAGCUAUUGAAAAUUGAUGCCACAAUGUCAAGUACAAAUUAAUUUAGCUUCAUUAAUUGUGACUGGCCUCAGGAAUUACCCCUUCCACACCUGCCCACCCAGUCACUCUGGACUCAGAGCUGCUGUUAUUGGCUGCAGCAAGACACGCAGUUCCUUCUUAAUGCCCUUUCAGGCCUUUGGCCUUUGAAGGUAAACUUGACAGACUGAAUUUUUACAGUGCUUUAUGUCCAAUUGUUAAAUCCUUAAUUUACCAUUCUGUAAGUUUUAAAUAAACAAGUGUGGUUUAUAUAGGACAUGAACCGUUAUUCUUAAACUUUGAACCCACAAAAAAGGGCCCUGAUUAGGUAACAAGUUCUUUUAUGAGACAUCUUUGAUGUAACAAGCCAAAGUAAUUUUAAAAUUCAUUAGAAAAAUGUGGUAAAAGACUAAAAGAAAAUUAACUGUCAGAAAGAGCCCAUAAUUUAAGGCUCCUAAUAAGAUCCUUCCUUGUUUGUUAUAUGGUUGGAACGCAGACGAGGGCAAGAUAAUGGCCUCCACUCGAGGCCCUUUGAGAUGAGUUGUUUCAGCAGGGCCAGGUCAGCUUAUAAGGUGGCCCUCGCCGAAAUGGCUUUGCAGCAAGGGAGGUGAACCCCACGAGGCCCCUGUGCCCUUUUACAGUAAAUACUCCACUUGGAGCCUGUGGCACUAAAUUGUUUACAUUCCCUUAUGAAGAUAAUGUGCUUUCAGCACCUUUGUUACAGGUCCCUUUCUUUUCCUUGUUCCAGGAAUGUGUGCUUCUUAGGUAAAAGUCUCUUUUUACUCCUCACUGGGAGGAAGAUAGUUUAUGAACACCUGUCGCUAUACUUGGUAAACACACUUGUGAUAACAUCUCUGAGAAGAGAGCUUGGUGCUGAGGUAGUGGUUAAUGCUUGCAGCUGUCACUUAACACCGUAGAAAACAAAAACGGUUUUGCCACAUGAUAAGGUUCACAUUAGAUAUGGCCCUAAAGUUGUCUUGUACCUACCAUGAGUUUUUAUUUCAAAAGAGAAUCUUGGUUUUGGUAAUUCAUUUUUUUUUAAAAGAGCAUUAUGUGCAAAACACCAAGUUUUAAAAAUAACUCACAGGAUGGCCUUAGUUUUCAAUGUCCACUGGUAUGUUUGUGAGUUGUGUUAUCUGUAAUAUAUAUCCCAGAAUAAAGUGGAAUGAAUUAGAA